UAGAUUCCUUCUAUGCUUGUUCUUGUUCUGAGCUCGGUAUAGUAUUAUAUCAGAAUAAACAAAGAUUCGGAACGAAAACCUAACUAUAAUUUUCCAUAUAUAUUAUAAUUCUCUUUGAAAGAAUAAUACGUCAUAUAGAAAUAUCAAACAUAUCAAAUGAUUACAUUUUUAUUUUCCACAUUGUGAUUAUUUACUUCUUAGUUAUCAAUUACAAUCUUAAAGAGGUACUUUCGAAAAUGUUUGCUAUACAAUUUAAUACGAUUAUCUACAUUGGCAAACGCCUAUAAAUUUAUAAGUAAGUCCAUUCAAAUUUAUUUCGUUUGGCUGUAUAUAAGGGAAAAAUACAGGAAUAAUGAUGCCAGAAGAAAAAGUCAGAAUGCGCAAGCAAUUAGGGUUGCUUGAAGGUGUCACCCUAAUACUAGGUAUUAUAUUUGGAAGUGGCAUCUUCAUUUCGCCCCGGGAGGUGCUGCAGAAGACCGGCUCAGUGUGGGGCUCUCUCACUGUUUGGGCCAUUUGUGGAGGACUAGCGACUCUUGGCGCCUUAUCUUAUUCUGAGUUGGGAACAACACUGGCGCAGAGCGGAGGAGACUACCACUACAUCGACGAGGCGUAUGGACCACUGCCCGCCUUCCUGUACUUAUGGGAUGCUAUUUUCGUAUUUAUACCAAGCACUAACGCCAUCAUGGCUCUGACAUUUGCCAACAACGUGCUUCAGCCGAUAUACCAUGGUUGCACCAUAAAUCCGUUGUGCAGGAAACUCCUAGCUGCCGUCACGAUAUGUUUCCUGACGUUUAUAAACGCUUAUGACAUCAAGUUCACGACGAGGAUGCAGAACGUCUUCUCUCUCACCAUGAUAUCAUCGCUGGUGGUGAUUGUUAUGGGGGGGAUGGUUUGGAUGGCUCAAGGUCAUUUAGAAAAUUUCGAAGACGGCUGGGCUGGCACUAAUUCCUCGGUCAGCGAUUGGUCGGUCGCAAUUUUUCUAGGGAUCUUCUCUUAUUCUGGUUGGAACUACCUGAACUUUAUGACUGAGGAAUUGCGGGACCCGUUCGUGAACCUGCCGCGCGCGAUAUACAUUUCCCUACCGCUGGUCACUGCUAUAUACAUCAUGGCAAAUGUAUCGUACCUAGCUGUGCUGGGUCAAGAUGUACUCACCACUGAAGCCAUAGCUGUUGAUUUCGCGACAGCCAUCCUCGGCUGGUUGCGGUGGGUGAUGCCUGCGCUGGUCUGCAUCGCGACCCUCGGCGGCCUGUCGGUGAACAUCAUGACGUCGUCCCGCAUUUGUUUCGCCGGCGCCAGGAACGGUCACAUGCCAGAGUUACUCGCUCAUAUAAACAUAAAGUGUAUGUCACCGAUGCCUUCACUGGUAUUCUUGAUGCUGUUGUCACUACUGAUGCUGAUACCUGACAAUCUGACGUCCCUCAUCACGUACUGCACAGUAGUGGAGUCCUUCUUCACCACCAUUUGCUGCAGCGCCGUGCUGUGGUUGCGGCAUAAAAAACCUAACUUACCGAGGCCUAUUAAGGUGCAAUUAUGGAUGCCAUCGAUCUUUGUGGCGAUAACUUCGAUGCUGCUGGUGAUACCUGUGAUCAGCGAGCCGUUCGCGGUGAUAUCUGGCGCCUGCAUCACGUUGGCGGGGCUGCCGGCGUACUACGUACUAGUAAAGAACACCCCAGCACCAAUCCAGAGAAUGACCUUGUCGUUCACACAUUUUUGUCAGAAAUUAUUUCUCUCGGCAGUCGAAGAAAAUGAAGAUUUAUAAUAAUCAUAAUUGGAACUUAUAUGUAUCACGUGCUAUAAUUUGAAUUAUUUUUAUGAAAUUAGUAUAGUUUAAACUAAUUUGUAUUUUUUUUCGUAAUUAUUAUAGUAUU